AGACACAACACAAAACAAAACAAAACAACAUAUGUAUAUUAUUGUAUGUACGAAUGAGUGAGCCACUAAUGUCAAAUGCAAUGAAAACCCAAUCUAAUCCAAACCCAACUCAACUCAACAAAGCCAUAAUCUUUGACUCUUUUUUUCCAAUGAUUUAUUCUUCUUCUUCUUCUUCUUCUUCUUCUUCUACCUUUGGUUCUCAUCCUCGAAUCCAUCUAAGACACGCAUAGUCCGGCUUUUACGGAGACUUGUACACCUCAUCACCAUCUACCAACGACUAAAACAUAUUUUUACUUACUUACUUUUCUUGACCUGACAUCCUCAACCUCAAUUAUUGCCAACCAACCAACCAACCAACCCAGGUGUUGAAGUGUUACUGUGUGUGUGUGUGUUUGGAGUUUAAGAUUUCUUGAUUUCACUUGUUGAUUCUUCCUUUUGGGAUCCAAAUCUCAUCUGGGUAUUAUUAUUUUUAACCUGUUUUGUCUGAUUAGAAGUGUUUAGGGUCAAAAUUGGCAUCUGGGUUUUGAUUUGGGAGAAAAAGAAGAAAAGGAAAAAGAUGUCCCUUGGUGGUGGUUUUUGCAAGGAAAUGAUAGAAUCCCAUGUUACAUAUGGAGAUUGUGAUGCAUCAUCAGCAACAACAUCAAAUUUGGAAUUAAGAAGUUCACCUUUCAAGAAAGGUGUAUUGACUUUGAGUGAAAAUAUUGGAAUAGCUUCUAAUAAUGAUGUGCAUGAACUUCUUGAGUGUCCUGUUUGUAUGAAUUUGAUGUACCCUCCUAUUCAUCAGUGUCCGAGUGGCCACACACUAUGUUCAAGCUGCAAGGCUAGAGUACACAAUUGUUGCCCCACAUGUCGCCAGGAGCUAGGAAACAUUAGGUGCUUGGCUCUAGAGAAAGUUGCAGAAUCACUUGAUCUCCCUUGCAGAUAUCAACUUUUGGGGUGUAAUGAUAUAUUCCCAUAUUACAGCAAGCUUAAACACGAAAAGAACUGUAAGCAUCGCCCGUUUAGCUGCCCUUAUGCGGGAGCUGAAUGUUCUGUCACCGGCGAUAUCCCUUUCCUUGUGAUGCAUUUGAGAGAUGACCACAAAGUUGAUAUGCAUGAUGGCUCCACUUUCAACCAUAGAUAUGUCAAAUCCAAUCCUCAAGAAAUCGAAAAUGCUACAUGGAUGUUAACUGUUUUCAACUGUUUCGGUAGGCAGUUUUGCUUGCAUUUCGAGGCAUUCCAGCUUGGUAUGGCACCUGUUUACAUGGCCUUUCUUCGAUUCAUGGGGGACGAUGAUGAGGCAAAGCAAUUCACCUACAGUCUUGAAGUUGGUGGGAAUGGAAGAAGACUUAUGUGGCAGGGGAUACCUCGAAGUAUUCGGGAUAGCCACAGGAAAGUUCGGGACAGUCAAGACGGGUUAAUUAUUCAGAGGAACUUGGCACUGUUUUUUUCGGGUGGUAGUAGGCAGGAGCUUAAACUGAAAGUGGCCGGUCGAAUUUGGAAGGAGAAUUGAGCUGAAUAAAUACAUUAAGAGAUUUUUCAAUAUAUUGGUGUGGAAAAAGAAUGAAAAAAAAUUAAAGGCAGGUAGGAAAACUAUUAGGAAUUUCAGUGUAAAUGAGUAGAUACAUGUUGUUUUGCUUGAAGUCAGAUUACUGUAUUGAUUUAUUAAUAAAUCUAUGAAGGAAACUUUCUUUGAGUAA